AUGUGGGCUCGAGUAAUCGAGAUAUGGGCGGUCAACCGCCUUCUCCGCAGCCCAUCUUUUCAUCACAUGGUUCGCGGUGUCCACCGAAGAGUCCAACGCACUGUGCACGGGGUACCACCGGAAGAGAUGGGAGGAACAAACAUUGAAAAGACUUCUGGAAUCAGGCAUUUCCUGCGGCUAUUCAAGGAGCAAAUACAAGCUCAGCUCAAGGACGAACCUCGAAAGCGGUGA